AGAGACCCUCUUCUUACAGCUACAUUAUUAUUAUUAAAGGCAACAAAACAAAAUAGGCAUUGUUACAGGUGGAAUCUAACAAACUCAUGACGAAGAAAAGACCUGAAGAAUUUGAAAAAGAAGAAAAGAAGAGAAAAAACCCAACACAAUUUUCUGAGAUUCAUUCCUGAUGAUCUUCUUCUUCUUGUUCUGUUAAGUUGAUGGUGUUGAGGUUUGUGUGUGGAGAGACGACAUGUCGUCGUUGGAACUAAAAUCAAUGGAAUCAACUCUUAUUUCACCAACAUUAUUCUCAGAUGGGUUAAAUACUUCGGUUGAAAUAUGUUUACAUUUUCCACCUAACGUAAACUCUGGAGGUUUGUGGAUACAACACGAUGAUGCUAGAUGGUGGCUCAAAAGUACGUUGCCUCUUUUGGAGCUUCAGUUGGCGCUCUACUUCUUAAUACUCGCAAUUCUGCGUUUUCUUCUCAAGCCUUUCAGAAUUCCCAAGUUAUCCAUUCAAAUUUUGACUGGGCUGCUAUUUGGGUAUUCAUGGAACGAGCAGUGGGACGAGGAAAAACACAAACUUUUUUCGAUUCAAAGUGAAGAGAUCCUGGGGAUGUUAGCCUAUUUCGGGUACAUGCUUUUCUUGUUCAUAUCAGCAGUGAAAAUGGACGUGAGAAUGAUCGCAACCACAAGAAGAAAAGCACUAAUAAUAGGAAUUCCUACCCUAUUCGUGCCUUUGAUUUUAGGCAUGAUUGUUGGAAAGCAAGUGGUGCAGGACGAUGGGUUGACAGACAUUCAGAAAGGGGAGGUCCCUCUCAUGGCUGCCACCUACAGCAUGAUCUCAUUUCCAGUGGUGGCUUCCCUCUUAAGCGAGCUGAAGAUUGUGAGCUCAGAACUUGGGCGUUUGGGCCUCUCCACAGCCUUAAUUUGCGACUUACUCAGCCAGUUCCUCAUCACAAUGGGCAACCAAAUAAGAGUCCAUACAAACAAACAAACAAUGGGCUAUGUUUCUUCAGCUGUAGUGCUUCUCCAAUAUUAUCUGUUGCUUUGUUUUGCGUUUAGGCCAGCAGUUCUCUGGAUAAUCAAGCAUACGCCUGAAGGGAAGCCAGUGAGCCGAAGUAGGAUUCAGGGUGCUGUUUUUUUUGUGAUUCUUUCGACUGCUCUAUCAACUUUAGUGCCUCAGCCAGCAGUUAUUGGGCCCUACGUGUUGGGGCUGGCAAUUCCAGCAGAUGGGGGUGCUUUUUCUGUCUCGCUGGUGGAGAAGCUCGAUAGCUUUGCUUCUGAUUUCUUCUUGCCAAUCUUUGUGUUUGCUUCUGGUUUGCAUGUGGAUCUGUCCUCGAUAUCCGUUGCAGUUGGGGCUUCUUUUACAAGAUUGAACAUACUUCUCGCCCUUUCCACAUUUGCAGCCCAAGUAAUGAGUUGCUUUGUAUCUUCAUUGUAUUGCAAGUUGCCUUUGAAGCAGUCCUUGGCGCUAUCCCUUAUGUUGGCCUGCAAAGGAGCUACGGAAUUGUUCUUCUUCACCCUACUUAUGGAAUUCAAACACAUCACUGAUGGGGUUCUGGCAUGGUUAAUUGUAUUCCUAUUAGUCAUCACAACCUUUGUACCGAUGGCAGUGAAAUGGCUGUACGACCCAUCAAGGAAAUUCUCAAGCUGUGACAGCAGGAACAGAAAUAUCAUGCACUUGUACACCAACUCUGAGCUUCGAAUCCUCGCCUGCCUUCACCAAAAAGAAAACAUCUUCGGCCUCCUCCAUCUACUCAACCUCUCGUGUCCAACGUCGCAAAAUCCGAUCGCCGUUUACGUGAUCCACCUCAUCGAGCUCGUCGGCCGCACCACCCCCAUCUUCAUUUCCCAUAGAAUCAAAGACCACAAGGCCUUCAAAGAUGAAUCCUUCUCGGAGAACAUCCUCCUCUCCUUUGACUCCUUCGAAAAACAAAACAAUGGCACAGUUUACGUGGAGUGCUUCACAGCAAUCUCACCCCACAAGUUCAUGCACAAUGACAUAUGCAAGUUGGCGCUUGACAAGAUCACAUCUCUCAUAAUUUUGCCUUUCCACCGCACGUGGACGGCGGGUGGCCUUGUGGACCAAGAUGACAACGCAAUAAGGGCUGUGAAUUGUAGUGUUGUUGAGAAAGCGCCUUGUUCAGUGGGGAUUUUUGCUGAUAAAGGGCAUUUAGGCACCAAAAUGGCAGCCGAUACUGCUACUUGUAAGCAUGGUACUGAUGUGACGUGUAGAUAUUCAGUUUGUGUGAUUUUUUUAGGAGGGAGUGAUGAUAGGGAGGCAAUUUCAUUCGCCAAACGCUUGGCAAAGGACUCGAGGAUUGAGCUGAUGGUGCUCAAAAUUAUUGGUUCUCUUGUGGAAGAUGGGUCCAGUAACAACAAUUGGGACAAAAUGCUUGAUUCUGAGGCUCUAAGCGACUUCAAAACCAACAGUUUUGGGGAUGGAAGAGUGAGGUAUAUGGAGGAAGUGUGUGAAGAGGGUCCUCAAACGGCAUUGAAACUUAGAGAAAUAGUGAAAAUGUUUGAUAUUAUGAUAGUAGGGAGAAGGAAUGGGUUGGAAUCACCUCAAACUUCGGGCCUUACUGAAUGGAAUGAGUUUACAGAACUUGGGGUUCUUGGAGACUUGAUUGUAUCACUUGAUAUAAACAAUAAAGCUUCUGUAUUAGUAAUACAACAAAAAAGAUGA